AUGGCAUUUGCUGUGGUCCGUCGAACUACUGUUGCUGCUGCUGUUGCUUGUGCACAUGGCCGUCGGUUGCACACCCUUUGCUUCUCGGCGCUUGCCUCUUGUAGCACUGUUCAGGCCACUAUGAACUUAACGGAUGGUAUCCCGAAUAGGAAGUUGGAAUCGUUCCGAGCACUGUUCACCCGUGAUGAUAUCGUAAAGCUGGCAGGCGGUGUAAUCGAUGCUUAUCUGUUACCCAGUACUGAUGCGCAUCAGAGUGAAUAUAUCUCGGAGCAUGACUUCCGCGUUCGUUUCUUGUCCGGAUUCUCCGGAUCGAGUGCAUUUGCGCUGAUAACACCACGCAAAGCAUUGCUUUGGACCGAUGGCAGGUAUUUCAUACAGGCUCGAGCACAGUUGGAACCAGGCUGGAAGCUGAUGAAAGACGCUGUCCCAGGUGCAAUUUCAACCACCGAAUGGAUGGUUCAAAAUCUGAAAGCCGGUAGCCGAGUAGCUUUUGAUCCGAAGCUGUACAGACACGCUGAAGCUUUGCGGCUGAUGGCUACUUUAAGGAGUGUUGGCAUCACAGUAGUACCUGUGCAAGGCAACUUAGUAAUUGCAAUGAAAAAGGAAGAAUACGGGGUAGAAACAAGCGAGAAAAUUGAAAUAAUUCGUGCAGAUUUGAAAUUGAACGGCUGUUCCUCGUCGAUUUUUAGCGCUCUCGAUGAUAUUGCAUGGUUAUUGAACAUUCGUGGUUCGGAUAUUCCUCACAAUCCUCUGGUUUAUGCAGUCGUUUUCAUGACACCCGACGAUGUUCAUCUGUUCAUCAGUGGCAAAAAACUAACCGAUGAUCUUCGGAAGCAUCUGUCUGUUGUCCACAUUCAUGAAUAUGAGGAAGCAACUCAGUGGAUCAAAGAUUGGCUAGGAAAUCACAGAGGAAUUAAAGUAUAA